CUCCGCUCCUCACAACUCAGUCCGGUGUCCCGCGUCUAACAUGAAAGUCCUGCGGGGAUAUGUCCGCCUGAUCUCACUCGCGCAUGACUUUGUGACCACUGUCCCACACGCGCACGCGCUCAGCGCGCGCCUCUGUCCGCAGUUCAGAAGUGUGGGAACCGUGUCGGGUCUGCGCUGUUACCGGCGUGCAGAUGUCUGGGACAGUAGGAUACGAGCUCAGCCUCAACCACAGAGGAGAGCAGUGGCUGGAGCCCUGUGGAGCAGAGGCCUGUCUGUGAGCAGCCCAGGCUCAGAGCACAACCCCUCGGCUGGCUCCAGUUUACUGUCCGAGGCACAGUAUGAGGCCCUGUCACGGGACACUCUGGACGCUCUGGCUGAGCACCUGGAAGAUCUAAUGGACCAGCCCUUCACUGGACCAGACUUUGAUGUCAGCUUCUCUAACGGUGUGCUGACAGUGAAGCUCGGCGCAGAACAUGGAACCUACGUCGUCAACAAACAAACGCCCAACCGCCAGAUCUGGCUCUCCUCCCCAUCCAGUGGACCUAAGCGCUACGACUGGACAGGCCACCACUGGGUGUACACUCACGAUGGAAGCAGCCUGCACCAGCUCCUGUCCUCUGAGCUGUCCAGCAUCUUCAAGACACCCAUUGACCUGUCGCACCUGCCCUAUUCCUGACCCCUGCCUCUGAGCCUGCUGCACCUGCUCUACCCCUGACACCCUCUAAGCAGCCUGCAUCAGCUCCUGUCCUGUGAGUUGUCCAGCAUCUUCAAGAUCACUGUGGACCUGUUGCUUCUGCUCUAGUCCUGACACCUGACUCUCUCCUGCCCUACUCCUGACAUACUUUGAACUGUUGCACCUGCCUCUGAGCCUGUCACGUUUGCCCUACUUCUGGCACCCUCUGAGCCUGUAUUCCAUGUAUAUUAUUCU